AUGCAAGUAGUGCAACUACUACUUCCGGUGCAAUGUGUUAAAACAGGAUCUGGUUUUGUUUUCGCGGAACUGAAGAGACUAACUGUGGUUGUGAAGGUACAUCGUAGCUAUUUCUUUUGUUAUUUUUUUCACCGGACUAUAAAAUGGAUGCUUUGCAGAGGCACCGUUUGCUUUAUAAAGCAACAACACCGCCAUGGAAAGAAACAUAUCGCAAGCGCUGUGUAGAAAGGCUCAAGGGUAGCCGGUCGAGGUUGCUUGACAAGUAUCGCAAGAUGGGUGAAAGCCCGAAAUGCCACGGCUCCACUGCUUCCAUCGUUGUACAAGAGAUCAUGGAGGAGGAGUGGGCCGCUCUGCAGUCAGAGGACCAGAGGUUGCCGUCUCUGUGGGGCCCAGAUGGUAUUGCAGAGAUGUAUAGUGUCAUGAAGGAGUAUGAUGAACUGGCAGUAUUGGAGACAAUCCAACAGGAGCUCCUGUCUUACGAAAUAUCAAUUAUGGAAGAGUAUGAACGGAACCAACAAUUCGAGGAGCAGUACUUUUCAUCUGUUGUGGAAGGAAUGGAAGAGACUCAUAUAAUUUGCCCCCUGUGCCACGCGAAUUACUUGAACAUAAACACUCAUUUCAUCUCCUGCCCCUGUGGACUUUACAGUAAUACAAAGGGGAAGAACAUCACGCCAGACGUCCUACAGCGCCUUCUAGAAUCCAGAGUUACGGAGCACAUGGAAGACUGUCCCUACAACCCUGUUUUCUCACUGGCGUCAAGCGCAGAUACAUCUCCCAACCUGCUGAUUAGCUGCCAAGUACGACAAAUUGAGUCAGCAGCGUCUGUAAACAGUUCUCGCCAUUCCCUGCAACCUAAUUGACUUCCAGAGAACCAGUAACAUGCAUGCUGCACGUAAUUUAACAAUAUACAGUGGAACCCGAUGAAGUCGGUCCCAUUUAUGUCGACAACCUGUUUAUGUGGAACAACUCAAGUCUUAGUCCAGAGUGUUCUUAUUACUAAGUAGUGCUUAAGUCAAUGUCGACUUACGUGGUCGACCGCUUUUGUAGACGUCACAUUUUAGAUCCAAAGGGGUCAUUUCUAUGAAAAAUAGGUCAGUUUGUUUUGUAGCAGUAACUUCACCAUUAUCGCCAAGCAGCGUGAAACGACAACGGCAACAAGUGGCUUCCUGUUCAGUGAAAAGUAAGCUUCAAAAUAAAAACAUGGCAGUACUAACCUGGAUUUAACACAACAGAUAACAAAGGCAUCCAUUUUAUUCAUUUUUUUCAAGGUUGUUACCCACAAGGAGAAAGAUUUGCACAUGUGCAAAAGCUUUGUCGUUGUCAUGAAAAUGUACAGGAACAAAAUUACCGCAGCAGCUCUCUUUGGUAGGAGUUAAAGAUAUAUAAAAACAGAAGAACCAAAAUAAAAUUAUACACAUAUGGAGGAAAAGCAUGUUAAGAAAUUGCCGUAGGUUCAAAAAUCCUUUAUCACCCGUUCUCCUCAUGUCUCCGCUGAAAGGGACAAGUAAAUGUGCAAGCAGUGGCUAGUUUCGGGUAUGUGUUGUCGACGUGAGUCAGCCAGUCUGAGGGGAUUCGACUUAAACGGGUUUCACUGUAGCAUGCUGUGUUCUUAAACCUACACAUCAACCAUCACAUUAUGUCACUCUGCUUUCAGGUUUGUGAC